AAAUCACUAGAGAGUUCAAUACGAGCUGCCUCAAUACGGUGAGAACGCUGACAGUACUCAAAAAGAAAUAUGAAAAUAUAAAAAAGAACAUCCGUCAGGCGGUUUCAAAGGAGACAUUAUCGCGUAGAGCCACUGGUGGCGGUCGAGGCCCUGAAGAAUGGCGGCCAAAAUCAGAAGCGAUGGCUGAGCUACGAGAAGUAAUCGCGUUGUCUGUCGAUGGACUUCAAUCUCUUUGCGACGAUGAUGAUGAUGAAGAAACCGUUGCUGCUGCGCCAAAAGAAUCCACAACAUUGAUUGAGCCCGAGAUAGAUUCUCAGAUAGAGCCUCAUGCUGAAGUGGAAGCAGCAACGAGCGAUGGUUAUGAGGUUGAAUAUCUAGAUGACGAUUCUAGAUCUGCUAUCAACAAUGAGGUUGCAUGUGAUAAAGUGAUCGAAAGUGAUCACAUUGAAGGAUCAACCGGUGAUGAUCGAGAUCAACUAGCGAGUCCCAGCAAAAGUACGAGUUCUGUCCCAAAAUCUGGUGAUACAUGGGACAAAUACAGCCCCGCUAUGCUCAAACGGCCGAAAAGUAAUCUCCUUCAGGCAAAAUCGAAGCGCCAGAAGACCAUUGAGCAGGACCUUAAAAAGAAAAUUUUAGAACGCAAUGAAGAGAUGAUGGAGGAGGUUCAUCGUCUCGAUGUCCAAAAACGAAGAACUGAAUUGGAAUCGGCUCACAUCAAUCUUCAAACCGACAAAAUAAAGCUACAAAUGGAGCAGCUUCGUUAUCAGCAUAUGAGGGAGGAGCAUGCGCUUCGGAUUAAAUUGUUGAACAAUUCCAUCGGAAAUAAUACGGAAACAACCACGAACAGUUCUGGUUCAAUAAGUGACUGAAUCAGGUAUAUACCUACUAA